GAGACAUGACAAAAAUAUCAAAAGGCAGAAAGCACGCUGUACCAUGCGAGCUAAAUUGGUGACCGAUGGGAUCGAGGAUGUCGGAUUAAUGGUGACUACCGCAGCCCGUUUUCGCAGAGGAAGCUUCUCUAUUGCAACUUGGGCGCAGAGGGUCCGCGGGGAAACAUGGCCGAAGGAGGGCCGGGUAAAGGUGGCGGAGAAGACCCCGCCAAGUCCACCGAGCAGGAGGACCGGACUCGACCUCAGAUCCUGUCGGGAUCGGGCUUCUGCAAAUGGUUCAACGUCCGGAUGGGCUUUGGAUUUAUCUCAAUGACCAGCAGCGAAGGGAGCCCCGUCGACCCACCUCUGGAUGUUUUCGUCCACCAAAGCAAACUGGUGAUGGAGGGCUUCCGCAGCUUAAAGGAGGGUGAGCAGGUGGAGUUCACCUAUAAGAAGUCCUCUAAGGGCCUGGAGUCCCUGCGGGUGACCGGACCUGGUGGGGGACCCUGUGCAGGCAGCGAGAGGAGACCAAAAGGGAAGGUCCCACUCCAGAAACGCAAACCAAAGGGAGACCGCUGUUAUAACUGUGGAGGUCUGGAUCACCAUGCCAAGGAGUGUGGCCUGCCCCCCCAGCCAAAGAAAUGCCACUACUGCCAGAGCAUCACGCACAUGGUGGCUCAGUGUCCCCACAAGGCGCUGGCGCCUGCCACAGGCUCUCAGGACCAACAUGCGUCUACCUCGGCCUCCAGCCCAGGGACCGGGCCCUAUCUCUGUCCCCCAGAGGAGGAGGAGCGCUCCAGCUCGUCUCCUCUGGAGGGCUCCUCCUCCUCCCCUGAGGAGCCCCACACACACCGCGGCCCCCGGACCCAGAGGUGGAGGAAAUCCUGA